CUUCUCUUCUCCACUGUGCAGCUGUUGGUUUCUGUCCACCGCAGAGACUCCGAGCACCAGUCCUCGGCAGAUUUCUCUUCGUUCAUUUAAAGAGAGAAACCUUGUUUUUUAGUCGGCGAUGGCUGAAGGGCUGCGGUCGGAGCUGGAUGAAUUCCUGCAGGGUUUAAACAUCCAGACGACGUGCGUGGAUCACCCGCCGGUGUUCACCGUCGAGGAGAUGAUGCCUCACCUGCAGGACGUGAGCGGAGCCGUAACCAAGAACCUCUUCCUGAAGGACAAGAAGAAGAAGGGCCUGUGGCUGGUGUCGGCUCGGCACGACCGCCAGGUGAACCUCAACAACCUCGCCAAGAAGCUGGGUGUCGGCAGCGGCAACCUGCGUUUCGCAGAGGAGGCGGCCAUGUUGGAGAAACUCAAGGUGGGUCAGGGCUGUGCGACCGCUCUCGCUCUGCUCUUCGACAAGGACCACAGUGUGAGGUGCGUCCUGGACCGGGACCUGGUGGAGGGAGGCCACGAGCGGGUCUACUUCCACCCCAUGACCAACGCCGCCACCAUGGGGCUGCGCCCGGACGACCUGCUGCGCUUCCUCAAGGAGACGGGCCACGAACCCGUCCUGGAGAGCUUCGAGUAGGACUAAAGCCCGAGCAGCCUGCAGCGGUUAAACUGGGACCUGGAAAUAAGCCAUAUGAGUUCUGCUUCAAAGAUUCUUUUAGAAGCAUUGCAAAUGAUGGAACCGGGGCCGUCUGCGGAUUUGUUCUACACAUUACACGCUGUUGUGGCCAAAAUAAUUAAUUCAGAUUCAUCACAAAUAUGUCUCUUUAUUGGCAAGUUAUCAUUACUAUAUAUGGAAUUAUUUAAAAGGCGUUGGAACAUUUAAAUUGUCAAUUUUUUAUAAUAUAUCACAGUUAUCGGGAAAGCUGCUACGCGAGUAGACCAAGUGAAACGUAAAAAGUCUUCAGAGGGAACAAGUAGGAAGCUUGUGACGUUCAUUUAGAUUCUAAUGAAUUGAAAUACUGAAGCUCGUGAACCCAACGGGGACAUUUUGGACGUCUCUGAUCCAUUUAGAGACCACCGGUUGAAGACAAAGACGUUGACUGUUGGUUUGUUGACAGACGUCUGUGACUUUGUGAAGCUGUUUGUUGGAGGAUCAGACUUUGUGGUUUUCCAUGUUUAAGCUCAGUAAAGAAAUAUGCUGUUGAUUGUUUCAACCUCACUUUUUCCUCAAUUCUAAUUCCUUUUAAGAAAUUUAACUUAAAUUAUUUAAUUUUGACAAAAUAGAUGUUUGAUCAAGUUGAUUGCCGUUGUAGUUAAGAGCAGGCACUUUUAUUAAUAAUGUGUGUUACUCCUGUUGAUGUCCCACGUUGAGGCUGUGAGGGACACUUUAGCACCAUGUAUAAGUCACUACGUUUAUGAGCUGUGACUAAUGGCUCUACUAAUUGUUAAUAAAUCAUUGAACCAUUUAUAAAUCAUGAGCCACUGUGUUAACAGUAAGCCAAAGUCCACAGCUUGUACUCUUUAUUCAUAACCAAAUACAAUUAAUGUCUAAUUGUC